UUGAGUCGGACACAAAAGUCAAUCACAAACUGAAAACCUACUCUUCCUUCUUCAUCAUCACUAUUCACUGCCUUCCUUCUUCACUUACAAUUCCCAUACUCCCCUAAUCAAAUCAAUUCCUUUUCCCUUUCUAUUUUACAAAAACCAUGUCCUCCCCCACCGCGCCGCUCCUCCGCCCCCGGCAGCCGCCCGCCCGCCCCGCCACCGCGCUCUCCCUCAUCCUCUCCCGCGCGGCGGCCACCACGCAGCGCCGCGGCGCCUCCGUGCUGGUCCGGGAGACCGCCGCCCGCGAGCUGGAGGAGCGCCGCGCCGAUUGGGGCUACUCCAAGCCCGUGGUCGCCCUCGACAUCAUGUGGAACCUCGCCUUCGUGGUGGUGUCGGCGGUUCUGCUGAUUUGCACGGCGAAUGAAAGCCCCAAUGUGCCGAUUAGGGUUUGGGUGUGCGGGUACGCGCUGCAGUGCUUGGUGCAUGUGGUCCUCGUUUGGGUGGAGUACAAUAGGCGCAAUUCGCGGCGCCAGAGGAGUGCGGAGAGGGAGCAGCAGGGCAGUGAGGAUGAGUAUCAGAGUGGCAAUGAGGAAGAAGAUGAAGCCAGAAGUGGCUUCUUAGGCAUCACUGACACUUCCAGUAGCGUCAAACGAUGUGAGUCUAUCAACACAAUGGCAUCAUUUCUAUGGUGGAUAGUUGGCUUUUACUGGGUUGUCUCUGGUGGUGAAAUUCUUCUAGAAAAUGCUCCACGACUAUAUUGGUUGGCGGUGGUAUUCUUGGCCUUUGACGUAAUCUUUGCCAUAUUUUGCGUCGUAUUAGCAUGUCUUAUUGGGAUUGCUCUCUGCUGCUGCUUACCGUGCAUCAUUGCCAUUCUUUAUGCCAUUGCUGGUCAGGAAGGUGCAUCAGAGGCAGAUCUGAGCAUCCUACCUAAAUACAAAUACCAAGCCAGCAAAGAUGAGGAUACGGUAAGCAAUGCAGCCGGCAGAAUGGUUCCAGUUGAGACAAGUAGUGGGCACAUGGUUAACGAGCUAAUUCUUUUGCCCGAAGAUGCAGAAUGCUGCAUAUGCCUCUGUCAGUACGAGGAUGGAAAUGAGCUACAGGCUCUCCCUUGCAGACAUCAUUUCCAUUCGACAUGCAUAGUGAAAUGGCUUAAGAUGAACGCCACCUGCCCGCUAUGCAAGUACAACAUCCUCAAAGGGAAUGAUCAAGUUUAAAACGAAGUGGCCAAUACAUGAAAGCCGUAGGCCCAGUUCUGGUAUUUGAGUCGAUGCUGUGAAUGUGAGGUCCUCUGUAUUUGUGAAGUAGCUUUCUGUAAAUAAUCUGCAUCGGAGCCCUUGGUCUCAUAUGAAAGGAAAAAGUGUCCGCCAUGUAAAUACAUGUGAUACCAUUAACGACAGUGUUUUUCUUAGCUGAUGUGUAAAGAGAUUUGACAUGUAAACGUGUAUACAGAAGUAAUCCGUUCUAGUGCUCUGCUCACUGCUUUCUUGCACUAGAAAAUUGUAAGAAUCUUUUAUUCUUAUGUUAGGACCGAUUGUUUA